AUGAGCCCGCCGACAAGCCAUGAAUUGAGUAGACCGCGAUCAAAUUCGAGGGGGCAGGAAACCAAACCAUUUUUGUCGGGUCGGUUCAUCUUUGCAACCUUCUUUCUGUAUGUCAUAUUUUCAUCCUAUACCUUUUGGAAUUCUUAUGCUGAAAGUCUAUCCAUGCAAAUGGCGACCUUGUCGUCGCCUUAUUCGGCUGCACAUGUGUUUUGUCCCGAAUCCCUGGCAAUGUCAAACCAAACAAAAGACCACGAGAAACGAAUGAAGAUAAUGCAGAAGACCAAUGAGGAAUUACUCAGGACGAACGAGGAGUUACUUGCCAAAUUAAAGAAGAAGAGCAACGAAACAAAACAUCUUCGGCUAGACUUUCUUCAAUUAAGUCGGCGAGUUCAUUAUCAAAUGGAAGAAGUGACGACACCACCAGUCGCCUCCAAUCAGAGUGUUGGCAGUCUUCUUCGAUAUUUGCCAUUGAAUUUGAUUGAUAUAAAUGGUUUACAUCUGAGCGACUACAUGGCAGAUAAUUGGAUGACUAGCACGAAGAACUUCUUGCAGCUCAAGCCCCCGCCAGAUGUUGCUGGGAUUCAAACUGCGACACGGCCGAGCAUGACAAAGGAUUGGACCGAUUUCUCCGUGGAGCACUUGUCAAACAUCUGGAGUCUAUUCAAUUUAACUCGCAAUGAGGACGAAGGCAUGUUGGAAGAAGUUAUCUUAAACCUCUACUCUUACAUGCGGCUUGCCAAGAGGAGGAAGUCACUGUAUUCAGCAUAUGAUAAAGUUCAUAAACACCAAGGCGAUAUUGUCAUGAAGCGAACUAUUGCCAUGAUUGCAUUUCAGCCCAUGAUAGCAGCAGUCGACAAGGAUGCAAUGGAAACCCUGAGCGACGAGGAAGCGAGAAAACUUCAGGAACGUGCCGAUUUACUCACAACGUAUUCCUUGGCUGUUACUAUUGCUUCCUUGUAUCAAGUGGGCUUUGGCCGGAUAAUCGUUGUGGGAUACCGAGACGAGGACGAGCUUGGUGUUCGAGGAGCCUUUGAACUGAUUCACAAUGCCUUUCCUGACGAAGCUCCGUCCACCAAUGGUUCUGCUACGAUUCUACAAGAGGGUAUUCAUGCGUUUCAAUUGGCAUUAAAUGGCACCACAGAAGUGGCCUACACUCGAAUUUACGACGAGAAAUGGGUCUUCACGAGACAUGUUCCUGUCAGCAUGGUUCGUGGGAGUAUUGUUGGCAUGCAGAAAGCAUUGAAGGGUGAAUUGAAUGCCACCAUGACUCUGGCAUGGCUGGGUCAGAAUCAUGCGGAUAUCACCAAGUAUUGGAAAUAUGUUUACUUGAGUGAGCCAGACACAAUUCUGAAUACCAAACCUUGGUUGCUGCCUUCCAUCCGCCAUCAGUUGGAUCAGGGACACUCCUUUUACCCACACAGGAUCAACCCGGUGCCGCAUCAAGCAGACUUUCCGACGACCUUCAAGGAACAUCCAGGCAUGUUCCUUCCUAAAGAUAUUCAUCCUUUUUCCAAUAUCUCUACGCUGGACCCACUGUCGCACUUUGGCCGGCAUGGUUCAUUUGCUGAUGCAUGCUGUGAUGGAGGAGAUGUGUUACCAGGACGAACAAAAGAGUUUGGUACCGGAAGAUUUCCUUGUCGAGACGGCUAUUGGUGGUUCUUUUGCGGCUUUGAUCAUCACGAAGACAAUGAGACAUAUGCUCAAAUGGAUCGAAAGCAGCUAGCGCGAGACGAACACAAGCGACUCCUGGAGUACCCUAUGAUCCGGUUCCGAGACGGAUCUGGAAUGGUAUGGGCUAGCAAUGAACGUGGACGUCGAUGCUUCCCUUCCAAUGGGCCAUGUAGCUGA